AUGCAGUCUCGCCUGCUGGCCCGCGAGGUGGGUGAUCUGCCGAGUCGCAGCCUCUCGCAGAUCGUAGCCUCGCAGCUGCUGCGCUCCUUCGAGCCAGCGCCGCAUCACCGCUUCAACGGCGACACCAGGCAGCUGGUGGCCCAGCAGCACGAUGAUCAGCAGACCGCGGCGCUGGGCCUGGGCGACGACCGCCCGCAUCGGCUGCGCGCCCACGGCGCAGGGGUGAGCAGCCUUGCCCUGGACAAGUUCGACGGCCGCCUGCUCGUCUCUGGCGGCGCCGACGGGUCCAUCAAGCUCUGGGACCUGGACAGCAGCAGCAGCUGCUGCGCGAGCCCGCACGACAAGACGCACACCUUUCGGCCCGUGGGCUACAUCCCGCGCUCGACCGGCGGCCCCAGGAGCGGCGGCCACAGCCACGGCGUCACGCACCUGGCCUUCUAUCCCUUCGACCCAGACGCCUUCCUGUCCAGCUCCUACGACAAGACGCUCAAGCUGUGGGCCACGGGCAGGGUCGCCCUGUCUGCCGAGUUCGACCUGAAUGCCACCGUCUACUCGCACGCCUGCAGCCCGAUCGCGGCGCAUCUGCUCGUCUCGUGCGCCACCCAGCACUCCAACGUCCGCCUCGUGGACCUCAAGUCGGGAGCAGCGGUGCAGGCGCUCGUCGCCCGCGGCGGUCCCGUCCUCAGCACGGCGUGGAGCCCUCGCCACGAACACGUUCUCGUCAGUGGCCACGCAGACGGCAAGGCCCGCGUCUGGGACAUUCGACGCGCCGGUGGCGUUAUCGCGCAGCUCGACCAGGAGGACUCGCUGGGCGUCGUGCACCGCUUCAGGCACGCCGUGGCGUCUGGGUCCGACUGGGGCAGCAUGCCGCACUUUCGCGUCUCGGCCCAGGCCCACGACGAGGCCGUCAACGGGCUGCAGUGGACCGACGACGGCAGGUACAUUGUCUCGGCUGGGCUUGACCGCCGCAUCAGGGUCUGGGACGCCGACACGGGAGCCAACACGCUUGCCAGCUUUGGCUCCAUUGUGCAGAACCAGCACGCCAAGACUGCAAGCUUCCUCGUCACCCCCUCGGGCCUCUCCACGGGCCGCCCGCUCCUCGUCUGGCCGAACGAGCAGGAGAUAUUGCUGCUGGACCUCCACGACGGGACUGUCAUGAGUCGCCUGCGGAGCCCCGGCUCGACGCACUCCACGGGCGUCCGGGGCAGCGAGGCGGGGCGGAACCGCAUCACCAACAUUGCGUGGCGUAGUGCAGGGGGUGGCCAUGGGCAGGUCGGGCCUGCCAUGGGAGGGGGCAACUCGAUCGGGGCCAUUUACAGCGCCCAUCUCGACGGGCAGAUACGAGCGUGGAUGCCGCAUGUGCCCGGGCCAGAGGAUGCGAACGAGGACGAAGAGGCUGGCGAGGAUGAACAGGCCAAGCAGAGGAAGAGGAAGGCUAUAGACAACGCAUAUAGAAGCCUCAUGGGCAAGGAGGUCAAGUUUACGUAG